AUUCACAGUAAAAAUCGACAAUAACACGAUAUUAUUAAUUAAAGCGCGCAUAGAAUUACACGCAGCACGCGCCACUUGCCCAUUCGCUUUCCCCCUGCUUCACCUGCUCAGCAUACCAAGAUGUCAACACGUCGCCAGGCCAUCACGCUGUACCGGAAUUUAAUGCGGGAAUCUGAAAAGCUGCCUGCUUACAACUUUAGAAUGUACGCUGUUCGCAAGAUACGCGACACAUUCCGCGCCAACAAGGCCAUCCGAGACUUUGCUGAAAUCGAUCGAAAAAUGGAGGCCGGCAAACAGAAUCUGGAGCUGAUACGGCGGCAGGUCAUCAUCGGCCACCUCUACACGGCGGACAAGCUGGUGAUCGAGAACAAGAAAACACUAGGCCCCUUGGAUGACUGAGAGGAUGCCGCCAAGGAG